CCCCAGGAUCCCGUACCCUACCUCCCACAUCCAUCCACCCACAUGCGCGAAACAGCUUAAUUCUCUCGCCAAGGAUCACGCCCUAGUGUGUUAGUGGCCGGCCAUUUCCACAUUCCAAGACCAGACACCGCUACGUCCUGUUCUGCCUCGACUCCGAUCUCGAAGCUCCCCUUCCUCCAUAAUCCUACUUGUAUUAAUCUAGCCCCGAUACAGCACCAGCUAGCUACCACUGAGCGAUAUUCUCGCAUCAUUCUCUGUUAGUUCCAUCCAUCUAUUCCUCCGGGUAGUAGGCACUAGCCAAGAUGCUGCACGAUGCGGCGCCAUGCACGUGCGGGAUGCUCUACGGCAGCUGCGGCGGCGGCUGCUCCAUGCUGCAGUUCGGCGACCACCACCACUACUACGGCAAGCAAUGCGGCGACCAGCAGGGCUUCGGCGUCCCCUACGGCGGCUCCGUCGACUGCACGCUCUCGCUCGGCACACCCUCCACGAGGCGCGCCGCCGAGACCGGUGGGGCUCGUGCGCCUGCGGCACCCGCAGGGCUUCCGUGGGAGGCGGUGUCCACCUGCAACGGCGGGCAGCAGCAGCUCCUCAGCGCGGCGCGCGCGGACCAGGCCACUUCCGGCGGCGCUCGCCGGUGCGCCAACUGCGACACCACCUCCACCCCGCUCUGGAGGAACGGCCCACGCGGACCAAAGUCGCUGUGCAACGCGUGCGGAAUCCGUUACAAGAAGGAGGAACGGCGCGCGGCCGCCGCCGCGGUGGCGCCGACGGCGAUGGCAUCAGACAGCGGCAUGGAAUACGCGUACGGGUACGCGCGGCAGCAGCAUCAGACGCAGCCCCAGCAGUGGGGCUGCUACAACCCGGCCGUGGCCAAGGCGGCGUCCUACACGAUGUUCGGCGAAGCGGCGCAGGAGGACGGGCCGUGCCUGCCGUGGGGGCUCGGCGUCAUGCCCUCCUCGCCGGCGUUCGGCUCCGUCCGGGAGAUGACCAGCCUCUUCCACUACUACUAGCUAGCUCCUACUAUAGUCGAUAACUCGAUAUGAUCCUCUCACUCUUUAGCCACUUUCUUUUUUUCCUUCUCCCCUUUUAAGUAACAAGAAGAUGCUGUACUACUUCUUUUUGAGGGCACACAGGAUGCUGUGCUUGACCAGCGACCCGGCUCAUGCUGCAUCAAAGUUGAAGCUCAAAUGGUUCACUCCCCGA